ACUCUCAAUGCGCGGUGAUUUCAACAUUGCCACUCGAGGUUAGCGAACAGAUUCACGUCAAUGCCAAACAUAAAGGUGUUUUCUGGCAGCUCAAAUCGAGACCUGGCUCAAAAGAUAGCCGACCGUAUUGGCUGUCGAUUAGGAAAAGUUACUUCUAAAAAGUUCAGUAAUCAGGAGACAAGUGUUGAGGUUGAGGAGUCAGUCCGCGGGGAAGACGUUUAUAUAAUACAAACUGGCGGCGGAGAAGUCAAUGACAACCUUAUGGAACUACUCAUAAUGAUUAGCGCCUGUAAGAUCGCUUCAAGUUCCCGAGUGUCCGCAGUCAUCCCCUGUUUCCCAUACGCAAGGCAAGACAAAAAGGAUAAAUCACGCGCUCCUAUCUCUGCAAAAUUAGUAGCUAAUAUGCUGUCAGUUGCCGGAGCUGAUCAUAUCAUAACGAUGGACUUACAUGCCAGUCAAAUCCAAGGAUUUUUCGAUAUCCCUGUUGAUAAUUUGUAUGCUGAGCCUGCAGUUAUCAAAUGGGUCAAAACAAAUAUACCAGAAUGGAAAGAUUGUUGUAUUGUUAGUCCAGAUGCUGGCGGCGCUAAAAGAGUAACUUCAAUCGCGGAUCAGUUAAAUGUUGAUUUUGCCUUGAUUCACAAAGAACGGAAACGUGCAAACGAAGUGGAUCGUAUGGUUCUUGUUGGAGAUGUAAAUAACCGUGUCGCUAUCCUGGUUGAUGAUAUGGCAGAUACAUGUGGAACGAUAUGCACUGCGGCAGACAAAUUGAUUGAAGCUGGCGCUGAGCGUGUUUACGCUAUCUGCACUCAUGGUAUAUUUUCAGGCCCAGCUUUGGAGCGAAUUAAUAAGUCAGCUUUCGAAGCUGUCGUUGUAACAAAUACUUUGCCACAAGAAGAAAAUAUGCGGAAAGCUCCUAAAAUUCAGUGUAUUGAUGUAAGCACUAUGUUGGCUGAAGCUAUUCGUCGAACACAUAAUGGUGAAUCUGUCUCCUAUCUAUUUAAUCAUGUCCCUUUGUAACAACAAUAAUAAUAAUCCUGAAUCAAUCACCUCCGAAAUGACAAAAUAAGUGAAAAACUAGAAAAGAUUGUUUUCUUUAUCACUAUCCACUUUAUAUUUGUAUUUUCAGCAUGUUAAGAUUUUUUUUCUUUUGAAAACUUCUAUAUUUUCUAGUCUUGUUCCAUUUAAUCUAAUGUAUUUUGUUCAUCGAACUAUUCCAUAUUAAAAUAUCUUUAUUCAUUAUUAAAUGCUUCGAAUGUCGUUUUUUUUGUAACAGAAAAUAAUUGAUUUAUCUUUAACUUGAUUAGUUUUGAUUUGGUUUGGUUUGAUUGUUUGUUUUUUAUCCUCCUUUUUUCUUUUUAGAGAAUCCAAUAGUCUUCUUUUAAAGUCUUUUGUAAUAUAUUCUGUUGUUCGUAUACGU